AUGACGAUUGAGGAAACUGAAGAGACAGUGCAAGAGGAGACGGAGGCUGAGCCCGAACCCCCCAAACCAUCCCCCCCCAAGCAGGCAGACCCCGUCCCCAAGGCUCAGCCUCCUGCUAAGCCGAAGUCAAAGAUUUCAGCAUCCCGCAAGCUUUCUCUUAAGAUCCUGCUGCUGACCCGAGCGAAGGAGGCUCUGGACAAAGAGAAGCAGGAGAGGGACGAGGAGAAGGUCCGGUACCUGGUGGAGCGAGUUCCACCCCUGCAGCUCGCAGGACUCACUCUGGAGCAGCUUCAGAACCUGUGCACCGAGCUGCACGCGAAGAUUGAAGUUGUGGACGAGGAGCGCUACGACAUUGAGUUUAAAGUCAGCAAGAACGCUCGCGAGAUCCAUGAUCUGAAUCUGAAGAUCCUGGACAUCCGAGGCAAGUUCAAGAGGCCCAACCUGCGACGAGUGCGCGUCUCGGCUGACGCCAUCCUGCGCUCGCUGCUGGGCUCCAAGCACAAGGGGUCUAUGGACCUGAGAGCCAACCUCAAGUCAGUGAAGAAGGAGGACACAGAGAAGGUGCUCACCACAGAGGUGCAGGACUGGCGUAAGAACGUGGAGGCCAUGUCUGGCAUGGAGGGCAGGAAGAAGAUGUUCGACGCUGCGGGCGCUGGCCAGUAAUCUGUGUGAGAUAGUUGAACUGCUCAGGCUGCAUCUCCACGCCUCCGUUUGCCUCCUUCUGUGAAACUAGAUUCCCCCCUCCCACCCCGUGCUUGAACUGUGCAGACCGCAGACUGACAGACGAAGCACAUUUCUUCUGUUGAAAAUGAUGAUAUAUGUUAUAUGAUAAAUGAUAUAUGUUGAUAAUGAUGUAUACAUGAGCAGUGCUUUGGAGGGUUAUCCAGGAACUGCAGUACAGCGUCUCAAGUGCAAGCUUGUGUGUGUGUGUCAGCGCCACCUUGUGGACUUGCAGACAUCACACGCUCAGCCGGUAAAGCAAUGCUUUCAAAUCUAUUUUUUUUUUUACCAGCAUCAGGAACACUAUCGUUGCUCACCUCCUCUUUACGGUGUGCUUGGCAAGGUUCUAAAAUCAAUGUUUUCUAAUUAAAAUCUGAUACAUUGACAUAAUAUAACUUUGAAAUAAUACAGCUACAUUUUACUAAUAA